AUGGGUGCAAGAGAAAAUGCUUUCUCCGUUAGACCCUCUCCUCAGAACCAGAGGACUCCAAUUCCACCACCCCCCAAUGAUUUCAAAACCAGAGCUGAUGUUUGGGAAAAGGCCAACCUGCAGAAGAUUCACAGACGGUAUGAGAAGAUAAAGUCCAAAAUUCUUUCCUGGGAGACUGAGCAGAAGACGCAGGCCAAACUUCACUUGGAGAGGAAGGUUUGCGUCGGAUCUUGGAAAUCUGUUACGGUUUACCGUCUUAUGAAUAUCAUUAUCUCAUGGUUUAUGGAACAACAGAACUUGAUGGAUCCCACCACGAGGGCAGUGGAACAACAACGUUACCAGAACAAAAUAGCAAGGGUUGAUAUGAUAGCACGAACAGCUAAAGCGCAGUUAGAGGAGAAGCGGAGGAAAGAAGAGUCUCAGGUCAGAGAAACAGCAAAACAAAUCAGAGAGACAGGCAGGGUCCCCGUCAAAUGUUUCUGCUGCUUCAUAUUUUAA